AUGGCUAGGGUUAGGGUUAGGUUCCGUACUGUCUGCAUCUUCACCGGAGGUAUGCGAGUUCGUGGGACCCUGGGGCGAGCCAUAGCGUACGGACAGAAGCUUAUGGCGCUGCAAAAUGAAACUCCAAGUUUUCUUGACAACACGUGGUCGGGCACGUGGGAUGGGAUUGGCAAAUUUGGCAGAGAGUGA